AUGACACAACCCGAUCUCUUGUUGAAUCCCCCCAGCCUUGAGAAGAAGCUGAGCACGGCUGCCCUCUCGUUGAUCUAUGCAUUCAAAAAAGGAACUGAGUUCGACCUAUAUGAAUGCACAAAUCCCAUCCUCUCUCACGCAUUUGAUUGCGCCAACUCACUGCUCCCCGCAAUCACUCGCUUCAGCUUCGGGCCACAAGGCAACGUUCGUCUUGAGAUUGUUGGCCCGCAGGAGCUCUUCGACAAUGGAGAAAAGUAUGAUGAGGAUUACACCUCAAAACCAUCCAAGAAACGGGGUGAAAAUUGGCACCAAGCCCUUGCGCGGAGUCAACAGAAUAAACACGACACGGACUUGGCCAAGAAGCUCUUGUUCAAUCACUCACGCGACACGCCGGUCGAGGCUCCGGAUAGCAAUAUAACAGCACCGGAUAAUACUAGCUCGGCCGCUGAUCGACCUCGGCGGGGACUUGAGACUAUAGCACUUUGUUUAGUUAAGAAACCGUCGAUGGUACCGAGGACGAUAAUGGAGCUCAAAAACGCCGAGAAUCAGAGUCCCAAAAGCGUUCCCCCACUCAGUUCAGCAUCAACCGACGGUGGUAGCACCCCCAAGAAAAUUAAAAGCUAUCGCUUACCGGACUUCCUCGCAUCACUGUUGUUCGUUAGUCCCAACGGGGUGGCCGUAGUCCAAGAAAUCGAUCGCUUCGUGGUGGCCCUCGUAGAGGUCAAGUUCCUUGGGGCCAGGGACUUCCCACCCGACGCGCUGAAGAAUUAUACGGUAUCACAGUACAAACUUGCCAUUGUCGAGAAGAUGGAUAAAAUGCUCCCUCAGGUCAUCCAGGCGGUUCAAUUUGAAUUCGCUCGCAAACAAAAGCUGAAACAACUAGCUUCAAUUCAAGUCGUCAACGAGUAUUGUCGAUUCCUUUAUUUUCGUCGGAAAAGUGACGACGGGAAGGGUGUGAUACCCGAUAUCACUUUACCGGGCUUGCAACGAGACGGCUACAGGUCCCCGCCCCAAUGGAAGCUUAGUUCUGACCAAGAGAAGAUUUUCUUGAAGGAAACGUUUUACAAAACCAGCGCCACAGUUCCAAUGAUUGAAUGCAACAGAUAUCCCUCAGUGCUCGCCUUCGCCGAUCAAAUUCCGAGCGCAACCGCGUACUCAGAGGGUUUCAUAGAAGUCUGGGAAGACUUUGUUCGAUGGACCGGGGAUCGGGACCUGUUCCCGGACCCCCGUGGCCGAGAAUGGGUGCUCUAA